AUGGCUAGGACCUUCUAUUCCCGCCUUUCCCCCCUUCCUUCGCUUUUCAGAACCCAUACCUCAUUUCUCCCUUCUUUCAGACUACGCACGGCGCUUCCUAGUUGUGGGAGAACUCUUUCACCCCCCGCCGUUUAUGGCCGAUUUUCUCCGGCUUUACAAGUUUCCUGUCGAUCGUAUGCUCGACAGAGGGGAAAGGGCUAUGAUCUCUUUGGCAGUGUGAAGCCAGGGAAUGAAGAUUUCAAGAAAGCGUGGAAGAACUCGAUGGAGGAAGAAGACACUUCUCUAUGGACAGCAAGUGAAGAUGAAGAUGAUCCCAAUGAACACCUCAGCGAUUUGCAAAAGGAGAUUCGGAAGGUGAGACAGCAGGCGAAACAGCACUCCGACCUUAUAGAUGCUGAUGACAGUGAUGAGUUGACAAGUGUUUGGUCCGGGAGUGACGAGGAGAAGAGCUUGUGGACCGGUAGUGAGAUGGAUGAUGAUGACGAUGCUCCCACUGAAGCACAUCCAAACGAAGCCAGUGAUAAGUACAUAGACAGAUUAUUUGAGUUCGAGGAAAAGCCCAAGUACAGGACAUUAUCAGAAAUGCUGAAAGCAGAAGACGAACCCGAAGAGUUGUCCCCAGGGAAGCAAGCCAGGAAACUUGCAGUUGAAAAUGCAUUGAAAAAGCUGAAGAAAGGGCCAGAUGGGCGUUAUAUCAAUGUGUGGGAAAUCAUGAGCGAUAUGGACAUUCUGAUUGGAGCAUUUGAAAAUGUUGUCUCUGGGCCAGAGUAUGAGGAGCUUCGCAAAGGAGGGCCUAAGAAGUUGAAUAUGGAGUUCUUCAAGGAUAUACAGGCACGCAUGAGAGAUCCUAAUUAUAAGUUCUCACCUGAGUUGAAAUUAAAACCCAAGAGCAAACUUGUACCAAGAAAGAAAUGGCAGAAGGCCCAGUCUCGCCGCCGAAAAGCACAGAAACGUUAA